AUGGAUACCUCGGGUAUUUAUGAUGGUGGGCGCUUCCAACUGCCGUUACGGGAGGAGUAUGACUAUAACCCGCCCGCCUGCCGCUACAGCGGCGACACCGAGCAGGUACGGAUCCCCAUUCCCGCUUGUGCCUCUGUCGAACACCAGAGUAAGGAGACUUUACUGCCCUACGAUCUACCUCCCUGUCAGCACUCGAGCCCUGGUCAGACCCAGGAAUACCUGACAGGCCAGCGUCGUGUACCGGACGACUACCAUCCAGGAGACAGCCCAGUAGUGGGGGGAGAGUCCCUGGGACACUUGUCAUUCUCCUGGAUGAGGAGCUCCAGAGUUCACUCGUAUCACUCACUCACAGGUAGUCAUUCCGAGAACACAGACCAACACAAGCGGAGCCGCACCGCGUACAGCCGGGCUCAGUUAUUGGAGCUGGAGGAGGAGUUCCUCUUUAACAAGUAUAUCUCCAGGCCUCGCAGAUAUGAACUGGCCACCACACUCAACCUGACGGAGAGACAUAUUAAAAUCUGGUUCCAGAACCGGCGGAUGAAGUGGAAAAAAGAAGAAACGAAAAAAAUAAAAAAAUCUGACCACCACGAACCGGAGAGUUCCAAUAACAAUUGCUAA